GACGACAUAAGUAAUCGGGAAAUUGAAACGGUUGUGUCGGUACCCUGCGAAAUCACCCAGUUACAUUAUAAAUCUGAAAGAUCCAAACUGAAACAAAAUGACCAAGAACUUCUUUUUCCGCCAGCUGUUCGACAGGGAGAGCUGCACUUACACCUACCUGCUGGCGGAUGUGGCCAGCAAGGAGGCCGUCAUCAUCGACCCCGUAAUCGAGCUCUCCGACCGGGACGCCCAGCUGGUCAGCGACCUCGGCUUCAAACUCGUCUAUGCCAUCAACACGCACAUGCACGCGGACCACAUCACGGGCACGGGCCGGCUGAAGCGGCUGGUGCCGGGAGCCCGGUCGGCCAUCUCGGCGGCGGCCGGCGCCGACGCGGACGUCAAGCUGGAGGAUGGCGGCGCGGUGCGGUUCGGCGGACUGGAGCUGGAGGUGCGCACCACGCCCGGCCACACCGAAGGCUGCGUGACGUACGUGCUGCACUCGCAGCGGAUGUGCUUCACCGGCGACGCCCUGCUGAUCCGGGGCUGCGGGCGGACCGACUUCCAGGGCGGCUCCAGCGACACGCUGUUCGACUCGGUGCACCAGAGGAUCUUCACGCUGCCCGAGGACUACGCCGUGUACCCGGCGCACGACUACAAGGGUCAGACGGCCAGCUCGGUGGGCGAGGAGAAGCGCCUGAACCCGCGACUCACCCGCUCGCGCCAGGAAUUCUGCGCCAUCAUGGCCGGCCUCAACCUGGCCUACCCCAAGAAGAUCGACGUGGCGCUGCCGGCGAACCGGGUGUGCGGCCUGCACAACAUCCCCGACGAGAUCGCCGCGCUGUUCGCUGAGAAGUAGACCGUGCCCGCGGGCAUCCGCCCCCGCUCCU